AUGCAGCGCGCAUUGAGCACCCGGGCUCGGGCUUCCGUCCUCUCCUCAGCGGCUACCAAGUACCGAGCUGGCAGCCUCAGCCAGCAGGUCCGAUUUGCUCACAAGGAGCUCAAGUUCGGCGUCGAGGGCCGUGCUGCUCUCCUCGCUGGUGUCGAUACCCUCGCUAAGGCUGUUGCUACUACACUCGGUCCUAAGGGCCGAAACGUCCUCAUUGAGUCCAGCUUUGGAUCUCCCAAGAUCACCAAGGAUGGUGUGACCGUUGCCCGCGCUGUCAGCCUCAAGGACAAGUUCGAGAACCUUGGUGCCAAGCUCCUCCAAGAUGUUGCUUCCAAGACCAACGAGGUUGCCGGUGACGGUACCACCACCGCUACCGUUCUCGCCCGUGCCAUCUUCUCCGAGACCGUCAAGAACGUUGCCGCUGGCUGCAACCCUAUGGACCUCCGCCGCGGUAUCCAGGCUGCUGUUGAGGCCGUCGUCGAGUUUCUCCAGAAGAACAAGCGUGAUAUUACCACCAGCGCUGAGAUCGCUCAGGUCGCUACCAUCUCCGCCAACGGUGAUGUCCACAUCGGCCAGAUGAUUGCCAACGCCAUGGAGAAGGUCGGCAAGGAGGGUGUCAUCACCUGCAAGGAGGGGAAGACCGUUGCCGAUGAGCUCGAGGUCACCGAGGGUAUGCGAUUCGACCGUGGCUUCGUCUCCCCCUACUUCAUCACCGACACCAAGUCCCAGAAGGUCGAGUUUGAGAACCCUCUCAUCCUCCUCUCCGAGAAGAAGAUCUCUGCUGUUCAGGACAUCAUCCCCGCUCUUGAGGUCUCUACCCAGCAGCGACGACCUCUUGUCAUCAUUGCUGAGGACAUUGAGGGUGAGGCCCUCGCUGUCUGCAUUCUGAACAAGCUCCGUGGCCAGCUCCAGGUUGCUGCUGUCAAGGCCCCUGGCUUCGGUGACAACCGCAAGUCCAUCCUCGGCGAUCUUGCUAUCCUCACCGACGGUACUGUCUUCACUGAUGAGCUUGACAUCAAGCUUGACAAGGCCACCCCUGACAUGCUUGGCUCCACCGGUUCUAUCACCAUCACAAAGGAGGACACCAUUGUCCUGAACGGCAGCGGCAGCAAGGACGCUAUUGCUCAGCGAUGCGAGCAGAUCCGUGGCGUCAUUGCUGACCCUACCACCUCUGAGUAUGAGAAGGAGAAGCUCCAGGAGCGUCUUGCUAAGCUCUCUGGCGGUGUUGCCGUCAUCAAGGUUGGUGGCUCCUCUGAGGUUGAGGUCGGUGAGAAGAAGGACCGAUUCGUCGAUGCCCUGAAUGCCACCCGUGCCGCCGUUGAGGAGGGUAUCCUGCCCGGUGGUGGUACUGCCCUCAUCAAGGCCUCUGCCCACGCUCUCAACGAGGUUCCUACUGCCAACUUCGACCAGCAGCUCGGUGUCAGCAUCGUCAAGAACGCCAUUACACGCCCUGCCCGAACCAUCAUCGAGAACGCCGGUCUUGAGAGCUCCGUUGUUGUCGGUAAGCUCACUGACGAGCACGCUGGUGACUUCAACAAGGGUUUCGAUAGCUCCAAGGGCGAGUACGUUGACAUGAUCAACGCCGGUAUCCUUGACCCCUUCAAGGUCGUCCGCACUGGUCUCAUCGAUGCUAGCGGUGUUGCCUCUCUUCUGGGUACCACUGAGGUUGCCAUCGUCGACGCCCCUGAGGAGAAGGGACCUGGUGGUCCUCCUAUGGGUGGCAUGGGCGGCAUGGGAGGAAUGGGCGGUAUGGGAGGUAUGAUGUAA